AUGAAGGGUGCCAGGACACUCCUUUUCUCGGGCUCGCAGACGUCUACCGGUCAGACCCUGGAUGCCUUCUCCAACUUCGCUCGCUGCUACUUCUACGCGCUCGCUUUCUGGUCCGUCAUUUCCGCCAAGUUAUUACAUCUCUACGCCCACCUAUACUCUCUCCCGGCCAGCCAGUUGAUCGUCUGGAGCGUCACCUUCUUUCAAGAUGUCGUGGUGCUCCUGUUGUUGCGGAUCAUUGCCCAGCGAGGGCGCACACGGCCCCUUGCUGCAUUGGGGGCGCUCGUUCUUAUCCCGUUUAGUUUAAUCGUCUCGGGAAUGGCUGCGGCCAAUUUCUCCGUCUAUAUUUUCACCGGUGCCGAAAUUCACUGGAAACAGGCCAAGUCCUUCACCAACGACGCCGCCGCCAUUCGAACUCUACUCACGGGACUGACCGGGUUCCUUGUCGGCGAAGCAAUUAUUGUCGCCGCUGCCAUUUUAACCGGUCGCUUCGUCCACCGGGUUGCCGGCGGUCUCUUGCACGUUUUGGCGUGGCCCCUUCGUUGGCUUUUCGCUCGUGUGAGUUCUUGUCUGAGCCCUCUGCGCCAGCGACUACACAUCUUCCCGAUCCGGAACCAGUACAAAGACCUUCCCGAUCCGGAAGUCUAUGAACGAAUCGCCCUCGAGGACGACUACCUUAAUGAUUCACCCGAUGACGAGUCUGACUAUGCAUAUGACGACCACCAUUCCCCAAGGCCGAUAACCGAUCGACCCCUACCGCGAGCACUCAUUGUGGGCGCCUUCUCCCUCUUCCUCUUGUUGCGACUGCUCCGCCCUCCGGACUCAGUACUACUGUUCCUUUCCGGAACUCUGCCUUUGACCACCGUCUUUCAGGGUGGUCACCGGGAUUCGCCUAUCGAUCUCACCGGCGUUCCGCUCGGGUACAGUUACCUCGACGGGGCGGAAACUCUCCAGCCGCCGCCCAAAUGGUCAUGGAUGCCCAAGGAUCCAGGUCCCGGAUUCACUGACUGGAAACCCGAUAAUCACGAUCUCCAUUAUGAUAAUGCCAAGAACCCGAUCCAUAUCUCUAAUUUGCAGGAGCCGCUAUUGGAGCCGGUACAAAAAGCGGUGGCGGACAACAACCUCAAAAUUAAACAUGUGGUUUUGUUGAAGCUCGAGAGCGCGCGGGCUGAUAUCUUUCCUCUGAGGAACGAUUCAUUCAUGCGCAAUCGCAUUGCUAGGUCUUACAAGGAUAAUCAGAUCCCCGAGGACGUACUGGACCGCAUCGGAGACCUCACGCCCACCGCCGAAUAUUUGACCGGUUUCUCUACUGGGUUUGGUCAGGACAAUGGUAUUCAGCGCAGUCGCAAGGCGUACGGUGGACUUAGUGCGAGAAACGCCUACACGACUUCCACCUACACGCUCAAGAGUCUCGAGGGCACCCUGUGCGGCGUUUCGCCGCUGGUUGCCGAUUUGAACCGCGAGUUCGAGCACCACAUUUAUCAGCCAUGCUCGUCCCAGGUUUUCGACAUGCUGACCCGGCAGGCCGAGAUCACCAACCAGACCGACAACUUCACCCUAUGGCCGUGGCAUUCCAUCUGGAUGCAGUUCGUGACCGAGACCUAUGACAAUCAGGACAAACUGAUGCCGAAGUUGGGCUACUUUGACAAGCAAACCAAGGAGACCAUUGAGGACCCGGACGCCAAGCACUUCCCGUUGAAGACCGAAGAAGUCAACUACUAUGGCUACGCAGACACUGAGCUCAAGGAGUACAUCCGGGAUGCCAUCGACGACGCGGAGAGCAACCACGAGCGUCUCUUCUUGACCCAUCUGACUGGAACCACGCACCACCCAUGGGGACUGCCAAACAAUACAUAUGAGCAGAUCAUGGGCUCGAACAAGGGACACAACGAGGACCUGAACCGAUACCUGAACACAAUCGGAUUCGUGGACGGCUGGCUCCAGACAAUCCUGGAUAUCUUGGAGGAGAAAGGUGUAGCUGAUGAAACCCUCCUCGUCAUGGCCGGUGAUCACGGCCUCUCUCUCCCCAACGACGGCGGCAUCACACCCUACGACAACCCACACGUCGGCAACUUCGAAGUGCCCAUCGUCUUCGCGCACCCGAAACUCCCGCCCAUCGAAGUCAAAGCCCCAGUCUCCAGCAUCCAGAUCGUACCCAGCAUCAUCGACCUCCUCAUCGAAUCCAGAUCCCUACCAAAAGACAGCAUCAGCGUUGCCAGUGAUAUCCGCUCCCUCUACGAAGGCCAAUCCUUAAUCUGGCCAUUAAUUCAAGAGCGCGACAGCAAACAAGACUGGCAAUUCACCGUCAUGAACACCGGCGGAACCUGGCUCAGCGUGCGCUCUGCAGCACGGCCGCGGUUUCGACUCGUAAUCCCGCUCAUCAACGAUGUCGAGUGGCGCUUCACCGAUCUCACCAAAGAUCCGAACGAAGAUAAGCCCAUUAUGCGGUUCAACCUGGCUGAUUUGGCACACACGAUCAGGAAGGAGUAUGAUAAUGAACUUCUUCACUGGCUCUUCGAUGCUGUGUAUGUGUCUAAUUGGUGGGUGAAGGAAAACUGGAAUCGGUAUGGGUAUAGUCCAGCUCCGAAGAACGUUGGCAGAUGA